CACAGGACAGCGCGCAAAUCUCGCUCUAACCCUCUGGGAAAUAUGCAUCCUAACUUGGUGAGCUGGCUGGGGACUCUGGGGUUCCUGCUGUGGGCGCUACUCUGCCUGGGCGCCUUGACGGAGGGAUACCCGGUGAAACCGGAGAACCCAGGGGAGGACGCCCCGGCGGAGGAGCUGGCCAAGUACUACUCAGCCCUGAGACACUACAUCAACCUCAUCACAAGACAGAGGUAUGGGAAAAGGUCCGCUCCUGAGAUUCUGGACACACUGGUCUCUGAGCUGCUGUUGAAAGAAAGCACAGACACACUUCCACAGUCGAGAUACGACCCGUCACUGUGGUGAUGCUUUCAUCAGUGUUGGCUCUCACUCACUGCCGCCCCGCCGCUGAUAUUCUGACCUCUGCGCCUCUGUCACUUCUUCAUACCCUCCUAUACCAAAUGAAUAACCCUGCCUCUGCCCCUUCUAGCCUCUAUGAGCGGCCACGUACAUCCAGCCCCUCGUCCUUAUCUGCUACAGUCAACACUGCUUAUAGUAGGCCAUACAAUUGUAAAUAGUUUAUUCAGAGUCAUCAUCUGUGAAACAUAAAGGUAAAGUGGAGGAGGGGCAUGUUGA